UCCUCUUCCCGGCCGUCGACCCAACAACGUUAAUCAUUCCAUUCACGAAUGCAUGCCUUUCUUCACAAUUCAAGCUCUUUCAAUUCGAAGACAGGCCUACAUAUCUCCUGGAAGGAAAAGAAAAUCCUUUUGAAGGAACAACAGUCCUUGCUUCACCAUCAUGAGUUAUCCUCCCCCAGGCGGCUAUGCUCCACCUGGUAGCUAUGCUCCCCCAGGAGCAGGCUACCCAUCUCAAGGCUAUGCUCCAGCACCUGCUGGAUAUCCGCCCCCAGCGGGUGCACCAGGAGGCUACCCGCCCCCAGCGGGUGCACCAGGAGGCUACCCGCCCCCAGCGGGUGCACCAGGAGGAUACCCACCCCCAGCUGGUGCACCAGGAGGCUACCCGCCCCCAGCGGGUGCACCAGGAGGGUACCCGCCCCCAGCGGGUGCACCAGGAGGGUACCCGCCCCCAGCGGGUGCACCGGGAGGCUACCCGCCCCCAGCGGGUGCACCAGGAGGGUACCCGCCCCCAGCGGGAGGCCCUGGUGGGUAUGCGCCCCCUCCUGCAGGGGGUGGCUACCCACCUGCAGGGGGUGCUCCGACAGGAUACCCUGCUCCGGCUGCAGGUUACCCUCCAGCUGCAGGUGCACAGCCCUAUGGAACAUCAGCAGCACCUUAUGGCCAGCCUCCAGUAGGAAGUGCACCCUAUGGUCAACCUCCAGCACCCUAUGGAACCUCAGCAGGGUAUCCGCAGCAGCAGCAGCAGCAGCAGCAGCAGCCGCAGCAGCAGCCGCAGCAGCAGCCAGCCCAGCAACAAUACCAACAGCCAGCCGCUGCAGGUGUACCUAAUGCAGCUGCUUUGUAUGGACAGGACAACAAGCCUAAACCACAGGGCCCUCCCCCAGUCACUCAACCGGUGACGGCUGCUUUGGGUAAUAUGUCUCUGAAUGACCAACCAUUCCAAUGUCAUGGAACUGUCAAACCUGCUCAUCCAUUUGAUGCAGAGAGGGAUGCAGAAAUACUAAGAAAAGCCAUGAAAGGAAUGGGUACCGAUGAGGGUGCCAUCAUAGAUCUGAUUACAAAAAGAAGCAACUCACAACGCCAGGAAAUUAAGCUGAAGUUCAAGACUAUGUAUGGAAAGGACUUGAUAAAGGAUCUGAAGUCUGAGUUAAGCAGUAAGCUGGAGGAGUGUAUAUUGGCUUUAUUUAUGCCACAGGAUUAUUAUGAUGCCCACCAAAUACAUAAGGCGAUCAAGGGGUUGGGAACAGAUGAGGAGAUCUUGAUUGAGAUUCUAUGCAGCAGGACCAAUGAGCAGAUCAAAGCACUCUGUGUUGAAUACAAAAAACAGUAUCAUCAGACCAUGGAGAAAGAUUGCAUUGGCGAUACCAGUGGUCAUUUCAAACGUUUGCUUGUCUCCAUGUGUCAGGGUAACAGAGAUGAAGGUAACACAGUAGACCUUGCUAAAGCUAAGGAUGAUGCCAAUAAGCUUUACCAAGCUGGAGAAAAGAAAUGGGGAACUGAUGAAUCUGUCUUUAACAUGAUUCUCGCUGUGCGGAAUUUCGCUCAACUGCGAGCAACAUUUGACGAAUAUACGAAGAUUUCUCAGCGUGACAUCAUGAACAGUAUUGACCGUGAGAUGUCAGGCUUCAUCAAGAAGGGAAUGUCGGUCAUUGUUCAAUGUGUAAAGAGUCGACCGAUGUAUUUUGCUGAGCGUCUUUAUCGGUCAAUGAAAGGAGCUGGUACUGAUGAUGACACUCUGAUUCGCGUCAUUGUGACUCGCUCAGAGAUUGAUCUUGUGGAGAUCAAAAGUGCUUUUCUUCAGAAGUAUCAAAAGACUCUUUAUAAGAUGGUGGAAUCUGACACAUCUGGAGACUACAAGAAGCUGCUGCUCACUAUCGUUGGCAGUAAUGUGUAGACGCGAAGACAACGCUGUCACUAAACAAAGAGGAGACUACGAGGAGAUGCUGCUUAGUGACAUUGGCAGUAACGUGUUGACAUGAAGUCAACGCUGUCACUAAACAAAGUGUACUUGUGUUUAGCAAACUAUCAGAAAUAGCUGAUAUUGAUAUUAAUUGUGUUGUGAAUAAA